ACAGCAUUGUAAGUGGGGGAUAAGUGGUGGCGUAGACCCCCUCCCCUGUUCAGUGACGGCUUCUCAACCCUGGUGUAGAUGCUUCCUUGACACCUCUUUCAAACCAUCCAUCUUCUCACAGCAACCUUCACAGCUGUGGUCCACCGGCAUGGAGACGAAUAUUUUAAUUUUGAUAUUUUACCUCUUAAUAGAGGAACUAGAGGUACUUCACCGCCGGCACCGCUGCAUAAUGUAUCUUAGGCUGAGAGAGGUAAAUACGGGAGAAAGUAACUAAGAAACAUUACAUUUUAUAUGUAUUUAGGCACUAUAGGCUUCCUAAAGCUAACAGUGAUGUUAACCACAGUUAAUGUAGUUUAUUCCUACUACCAUUUCACUUUAACAACAUAAUUUAAUAUUUAAAGAAAAGCUAUAUAAAUAUUGACAGUGUUUUUGUCAUUGAUCAGCUAAAGCAAGUUGAAUAGAAAGAUAUACAAGCCUUAUCUAACUAAGCUCUCUACACUUCAUAACAGUUGUUCUUCUCCUUGUAUCUCUACACCAGCCCCAGCCCCUGUACUGCAGGAUAAAUCUGAUUGUGCCUGUGCUGGACAGGUUUUUUAGCCAGCAGGACACACGGCCGGAUUUCCGGUUAAGCAGGGAGGCCCUGGGAGUGCUACCGGGCCUCCUAAACCAGGAACGGAGACACGGAUGGGGUGCCACGAUUGACACCCUGGUGUUUCUCUUCUUGCUGGCAAGCGGGGCAUCAUGCAGGGUGGUCUCCAGAGUGUUUGCAAUGCCUCGAUCCACUGUCCACCGCAUCGUCCACAGAGUCACUGAGGAGGUGGUGGCCAUUCGCCACAAGGUCAUCCACCUACCGAAGACCCAGGAUGAGUUACAACCGAUAUCCCGUGGGUUUGCAAGGCUGGCAAGACACAGAGCCUUUUUUAAAGCAGCUGGAACAAUCGACGGCUGCCAUGUCUGCGUCAAGCCACCGAGCGGCCCUGAUGGUCAGUGCUACAGAAACAGGAAACUGUUUCCAUCCAUCAUCCUGCAGGCUGUGUGUGACCAUCAGGGCCGCUUCAUUGACACCUACGUGGGCUGGCCUGGGUCGGUCCACGACUCCAGAGUGCUCCGCUACAGCCCACUGUACAGGAAUUCACUCUACCCUCCUCCAGGGCAUUUCAUCCUUGCAGACGGAGGGUACCCGUGCCUCCAACACCCACUCCCCCUUCAUCACUCCCUACAAGAGGCCAAUACAAGGUGUGGGAACCCAGCGCUUCAACAGCCAUCACUCCAGGGCACGCUCCAUUAUAGAGCGUGCUUUUGGGAUGAUGAAGACCAGGUUCCGGGCCAUCUUCCUGCAAGCGUUGGAGGUGCACCACACCUUUGUACCUCACGUCAUAACAGCAUGUGCCAUCCUCCACAACAUCUGCCUUGGGGCUGGUGACAUUGUGGCCCCAGAGGAUGAGCCUGAGGAGGAUGUGGGAGAGAACGGUUUGGAGACAGUCAGUGGUGCUCCCUGGCGUGACCAGCUGUCUGCAGAGGUGUCUGCCCUGGAGGAGGUGCCCCCUGACCACCAAUAUUUUUAACAGUGAAAUGGCAGCCGUCGAUUGAACCAGCCCUGCAAACCCACUGAUGGAUGGAAGAUGCGGUGGACAUUGGAGAGAUGCAUCCACACCUGCGACACACUCUGUGUCCACCCCAGACCACCCCAGAUGAUGUCCUGCUGACAGAAUACACCAGGGUCUUUAUUGUGGCAGCCCAUCCAGGUCAAGCAGCAUCACCAGGGUCUCCCUGCUCAGAAUAAAUGUUGUAAAUAUGCUGUAAAUACUAUUAGUUAUAAAGACCACAAAUAUUUUAUUUGAAAUGAUAAUCGCCAUUAUGUGCCUAGUAUAACAUCUUGCCAAUGGACUACAGUUGAAAAUUAGCCUGCUGGCUGACACUGGCACAUUUACAGAAAUGUUGAUUAAUGUGCACUGUCCUUAAAUAAAUAAAUGAAAUGAAAUGAA